GAAGACGAAAAAGCUAGAGAACACUUCCAAGGAGCCAGGCCGGGCAUUCGCAAUUACACACCGAAAAUUCUAGCCGAAAAAAAGAGCCGCUCGCAGCAAAACAAAGAGGAAGCUUGGAUUUGACAAUUACUGAAAAAUGGCAUUUGGUACAAUGACCUCGCUGCUGGGGAUGAUACCGAUUCUGGCUCUUGGUAUCAAUUACUAUCGCUACCAAAAUCUCGAUCCAGAAACCAAAAUCUCGGAGACCGAAAACAUAAGGCGCCAAUACGAUUUUAUUGUUAUUGGAGGAGGAUCAGCUGGUGCCGUGGUCGCAAAUCGUCUAUCGGAAAUAAGAAACUGGACAGUCCUGUUGAUCGAAGCAGGAGGUGAUGAGACUGAGAUCUCUGAUGUUCCCGCUUUGGCGGGUUAUCUUCAGCUAUCCGAUCUCGAUUGGAGAUAUCAAACAACACCCUCUGAUAAUGGACAAUACUGCCAGGCCAUGAAGGGUGAUCGAUGUUUCUGGCCUAGGGGUAAGGUUCUGGGAGGAUCAAGUGUUCUCAACGCGAUGGUUUAUGUGAGAGGCAGCAAAAAUGACUACAACCACUGGGAAUCGCUUGGCAAUCCUGGUUGGGGAUACGAGGAUGUCUUGACGUACUUCAUGAAGUCAGAAGAUGUCCGAAAUCCUUAUCUCGCCAAAACGCCCUACCACCAAACUGGAGGCUAUCUCACAGUGCAGGAAGCUCCCUGGCGGACACCGCUUUCGAUUGCAUUUCUCCAAGCCGGCAUGGAAAUGGGUUACGAUGUGAGGGACAUUAAUGGAGAGAAACAAACGGGUUUCAUGCUGACGCAGUCAACAAUUCGCCGAGGAUCACGAUGCAGCACGGCAAAGGCCUUCCUGCGGCCUGUGCGAACGCGGAAGAAUCUAGACAUUUUGCUCCACACUCAAGCUACAAAGAUACUCAUUAACAAGGAUAAACGAGCUGUCGGGGUUGAGUACAUUAGGAAAGGCCGGACUAACGUCGUAUUCGUCCGAAGAGAGAUCAUAUCGUCGGCAGGAGCCCUAAACUCUCCACAAUUGUUGAUGCUAUCGGGAAUAGGUCCGGCAGAGCACCUGGAGAAGUUUAAGAUCCCCGUGAUUUCAGACCUCCCAGUAGGUGAUAACCUUCAGGAUCAUGUCGGUCUUGGCGGGCUAACAUUCGUAGUGGACGCCCCCGUUACGGUGACCCGUAAUCGGUUUCAGAAUAUGCCCGUGUCUCUGGAAUAUAUUUUGCGAGAGAGGGGUCCAAUGACUUUCUCUGGUGUCGAGGGGGUGGCAUUUGUCAACACGAAAUUCCAAGACCCAGCAGUGGAUUGGCCUGAUGUGCAGUUUCACUUCGCUCCCAGUUCAAUUAAUUCCGACGGCGGAGACCAGAUUCGGAAAAUUCUAAACCUCCGCGAUGGAUUUUUCAACACUGUCUAUAAGCCGCUUGUUAAGGCCGAGACAUGGACCAUCCUGCCGCUCUUACUUCGCCCAAAAAGCACCGGCUGGGUUCGACUCAACAGUAAAAACCCCCUUCAACAGCCCAAGCUGGUGCCCAACUACUUCGCUCAUCAAGAAGACAUCGAUGUUCUGGUCGAAGGCAUCAAGAUCGCUGUCAAUGUCUCGGGCACUCAAGCCUUCCAGCGAUUCGGCUCACGACCUCAUCACAUUCCCCUUCCAGGCUGUAAGCAUUUCGAGUUUAUGUCUGAUGAAUAUUGGGCAUGUUGCAUCAAACAGUUCACAUUUACCAUAUAUCAUCCUGCGGGCACGUGUAAAAUGGGUCCUAGUUGGGAUAGAUCAGCAGUUGUUGAUCCUAGGCUGAGAGUGUACGGCGUUCAAGGGCUUCGAGUAGUCGAUGCGAGUAUUAUGCCGACAAUAAUCAAUGGAAAUCCCAAUGCACCGGUUAUAAUGAUCGGUGAAAAGGCAUCCGAUAUGAUUAAGGAAGAUUGGGGUAUUCGAUUGAAUGAAACAUAGCUGCAUUAGCUUUAGUUUGAUAGUGAAAAGAAAAGUUAAUAAAUGAUAAUACUCUCGGCUAGUCAAUGAAAUUAUUUGUAAAUAUUAUUUUUUAGUUUAAAAAUAAGUUUUGUUAAAUUAAGACUUUUUUUUCUUAAUUUUGUAUAUUUAUUUAAAGAAAAAAAAACACAAUCAAAAAUUAAAGACAAGAAGAUUUUUUACAGUAAGUGUUCUUUUGUGUGAAUUUGUAAAUAAUUAAUAUUGAAAAGACUAAAAUGUAUUUAUUAUUUUUUUUAAUUAAAGAAUUAAAAACUG